CUAACACUCGGCCAAACCAUGGUGGACUACUAUGCAGUUCUAGGAGUGCAGAGAUACGCGUCACCAGAGGAUAUUAAAAGAGCUUACCGUAAAGUGGCACUUAAAUGGCAUCCUGAUAAAAAUCCAGAAAAUAAAGAGGAAGCAGAGCAAAAAUUCAAAGAAGUUGCUGAGGCAUAUGAAGUAUUAUCAAACGGUGAGAAACGAGACAUUUAUGACAAAUACGGCAAGGCAGGGUUAGGUGGCGGAGGUGGAAGUCAUCUUGAUGAUGAACGUGAGUACAGUUUCACAUUCCGUAAGGCAGAUGAUGUUUUUGAAGAAAUUUUUGGCGAAAGCGACCCAUUUUCAUUUCACUUCUUUGAAGCCUCGCUUGAGGACCUUUUCAGCAGUUCAAGAAACUCCAGUGGAAGCAGAAGCAGAGGCACAGACUGCCUUUUCUCCCGUUCCUACGACCACCCAGGGCCUGCCAGUCUCUCUGCUUACAACACGAGAUAUUCGCUGGGGCGCGAGGGCCUUACUUCAUCGUCUUCCCUGGUAUUCGAUGAUACUGGGAUGGGCACUUACACACCCAUUGCUCUUUCGAGCAAAUUUGUUAACGGGAGAAAUAUUAAUACAAAGACAACCUUUGAGAGCCACCAAGAAAGAGAAGCUGAAGACGACAGUGAGUGGAGACCCUUUCUUCAUCUUGUGGUAGAUGAAGAGGACUUGGCAGAGAAAUUUAACUGGACGAGACAGUUCAACAAGUAUUCACCAAAUUCUUACAGUCCCUCAACUAUAUCUCAGUGUACUGUUGUGGACAGCAAGGAACAAGGUACGUCUUGGCUCACCAGCAAGAAGGACCCUUCCGUUUCCUCAGCGGGAUUCAAAGAAGGUGGCAGGAGGAAAAAAAAGAAGUGCCAAGAGGGGCAGAAGAAGAAGAAGAAGAAGAAGUCGAAGAAAAGGAGCCGCUAA